AUGUCUGUACCAUAUCGAUCCGGGAGAGACUAUCCUCCCAGUGGCGGUCUUGCAGACGGCUACUAUGACCCUGGCCAGUACUACGGUGACAGAAAAGCCUACGACUCAGAUUCCCCUCCGCGCUCUCAUCGCCAUCGUGAUGACUUGGCGCGCCCCUCGAGACGUCACAAGUCUGAGCAUCGCCGGGCUCCCGCGGAUGCUUACGAUGAUGCCUACGAGAAACCAUCUCGGCGUCGGAGUCGAAGAGAUCCUGGCCCGGACCGCCCUGAGAUAGUGUACGACCCUUACUAUGGCAAGAAGCGUUCAGCACAUGACCCGACGAGCCCUUCCUAUUCACGGGAAACCGAACGUCCCCGCCGCCGGGACGAAGAUAGAGACCGGGAACGCCGCUCUCGUCGGCAUGAGAGAAGUUCCAUGCCACCUCCAACAAGAGAGCCUUACGAUUCCUACCCUGCUCCAGGCUAUUCUCAAGAUCGAAAGUCCGACCGCCGAUCUAAGAAAUACCGGGCUGAGCCUGAGCCACGGUCCUCCAGACAUCACCGAAGGCCCUCUCCCUCCCCCGAACCAAGACCACGACGACACGAGCCUCCUAUGCCGAGGUCAAAGGGCGGUCACUAUAGAGACUACGAUGACCACUACGGUGCACCACCUCCUCGGAGAGCUCGUUCUCACGAGCGACCCAAGUACGACUUUGAUAAGCCCUCGCGCGGCCGUCCGGACGAGCACGGCUCUUCCCGUUCCAAAGAAGCCCCUACAAGCCGGCGAAAGUCGGUACCAGCAAGCCCAAAGAACAAGGGAAACCCGUGGUGGCAGAACCCCAUGCUACAAGCUGGCGCUCGUUAUGCCUUCACGGCCGGCGCACAGGCUGCGCUCCGGAACAAGGAUGAGCAAGGCCCGUGGAUGGGGCCGAAAGGUGCCAAGGUUGCUACGGCAGCUCUGAGUGCCGCCUUGGUUGAUGGCAUCAUUGCUCAGAAACAGGGCGGUGAGGGGCACUGA